AUGGCUACCUCAACCAAAAUUUGGAUCACACCGGAGAAUACUGGAGUAUUCUGUACUGCGAACUUGAGCUUGGCGUCCGCGCGCAAAGUGAGCGAGGUUCUUCAGCAUGAUAUGGAAAACCACCAUAUCUAUCUCAAUGAGAUUCAGUUUCACGAUCAUAUUGUGCAUUUUAUGCUCACAAUCUGGGCUCUCGGGGCGUCUCCCGAGACGAUACAGCUACAAUAUGAGCGAGAGGUUAAGCGUCAGCGGCCCGCUUAUCCGCGGGACGAGAAGGUCGUCGCGUCUUUUUCUGACAAAGACGAAUUCAUGAAGUACAUGUUCCAAGAGGAACAUUACUCCAACUACCUUGCCUUUUUCCAACGUGAGAUUGCUGCUAAGGGUGUUCCGGCUGUCAUGAAGGAUUACCUGUUUGGUGGUGAUAAGCUCGCUGAAUCAUUGCUUUCCCGAAUGUUUGCAGGUCUUGUCCAUCCAAUUAUCCAUCUUGGCUUCGGUAUCGAGUUUCAGCAGCCUGCGAUCAUUGCGCAAGCUCUUGCACAGGCCUCAGUUCAUCAAGACUAUUUGAGUGAUCAAUUCUUUGAUCUUGCUUCAACUGCUGCGGCAGCCAGCUCAUAUUCCGCAAAGUCUCUCAUGCAAAUAAUGAAAGAGAUGCGCGCCGACGAAACGGUCAGGAAUGCGUCUAGGCACGGAGACACAGAUGUUUUUGAAGAUGGGAUCCUCAAGCGGGCGAGCGAAACGAUCAUUCACCAUUGUAGCAAGUGGUCUGUACCAGAGGACAAGAUACCGGAAAGGCUUGCGGAAAUGAUCAACACGGCGAUCUAUUGGACCGCCACGGCCCAGAACCCGGAAAAGAAGUUAAAGCUGGAUUUUUUCUUCAUUCAUACUGUCAAUCUCUCCAUUUUCUUCAAGGCAUUCAUGGAACUACCAUACAUUGAAACCCCUGUGAAGAGCCGGCUUUUGGAAAUGAAAGGUCGAAUGGAUCUUUUGAUCUGGGCAUCUCGAAAGAUGCCAGAGCCACAGGUCGACGACAUCUUAAACUACCCAAUCCAUUUGGGCUGGCCCGAAGUCUUUUCAAAGAGUUAUCUUCAUCCUUCAGAUGAUGGUCACCUAGCGAAGUUUGUUCGUACCGUCGCUUUUGCCGAAAAGUUAAGUCAUUCUUAUGAGACAAAGCUUGACAGUGAUAUCUUUCCAGUCUCUGGAGAUAUGUGGCUGAAGAUAGGGAAUAUGGCCGUUGAUACUGCAGGUGUUAUCUUCAGUGAUAUCUGGGUUCGAGGGGCCGGAUUUGCCGAGCCUUGGGCCAAAUUUGGACCUCGGAGAUAG